AUGCUGCGCCGCGCCCGGCUGGCGCUGGUGGCGGCGGCGCUGGUGGCGCUGGGGGCGCCGAGCGGCCACGGCGCGCGGGCCCUGGAGUGGUACACGGCGUGGGUGAGCACGGCGUAUGUGGAGCCGCUGAGCAACCGCACGGUGCGCGGCAACACGGAGAGCGGCCGCUACGGGGACAGCUCGCCCAAGGAGGGCGCGCAGGGCCUGGUGGGCAUCCCCCGCGGCGCCUCGCCGCGCCACAUGGAGGGCUGCGCCGCCGACACCGACUACGACGUGCCGCUGCCGCCCGGCAGCCGCGCGCCGCCCGACGGCGACCUGCCGCCCUGGAUCGCCCUGGUGGCCCGCGGCGGCUGCACCUUCAAGGACAAGAUCACCAACGCGGCGCGCAAGCGGGCGGCCGCCGUGGUCAUCUACAACGAGGCCCGCUUCGGCAACACCACCGUCUCCAUGUCGCACCUCGGAACAGGAAAUACAGUGGUGAUAAUGGUUGGUUAUCCGAAAGGAAUAGAGAUACUGGAGCCAGUACGAAGAGGGAUUCCAGUAAAAAUGAGUAUCGUUGUUGGUACACGACAUGUGCAGGAAUAUAUUAGUGGUCAGUCGGUUGUGUUUGUAGCCAUCGCCUUCAUUACCAUGAUGAUUAUAUCACUUGCUUGGCUCAUAUUUUACUAUAUACAACGUUUUCUGUAUACAGGAUCACAAUUUGGAAACCAGGGACAUAGGAAAGAAACUAAGAAAGCAAUCAGCCAGCUUCAGCUGCAUACUGUGAAACGUGGAGACAAGGGUUUAGAUGUCGAUGUGGAAAACUGUGCUGUAUGUAUUGAAAACUAUAAACUGAAAGAUACUGUCCGAAUUCUGCCAUGCAAGCAUAUCUUUCAUAGAACGUGCAUUGAUCCUUGGCUUUUGGACCACCGAACUUGUCCAAUGUGUAAACUAGACGUUAUUAAAGCUUUGGGAUACUGGCACCAGAAAAGAGAGAUGAAGACACAUGCGGGAGACCCUGAAGAUGUGCUUGAUGUUCCAAUACCUGAAUCAAUAAGUGGCAGUGUUUCAGUUGGAAGUCUGAGUAUUGCUUUACAAGAAGAUGACAGAAAUGAAGUAAGCGAAUUGUCAGCUUCCUCCACUAAUGAAUCUGUUUUGCAAUGUACCAGUUUGAAAGAGGAUGCAGGUGAAACGACAGCAUUACUUGAUGUGGAUGUCAGUAAUAACCGGCAUGGAGAACAUCUGGCUAAUGGAAAUUCCCACUGAACUGCUUCAUGGAAGAUAUCUUUAACAGACUGUUAAAGAACUAUUAUUUUUUAUUUAAUUAGUAUGAACUUUUGUCUAGUUAAUGGAAAAUAACAAUGUAAAUUAUUUUACCUUUCAAACUUUUCUAGCUGGUGUUUCAAAAGGGCUAAUAACUUAGAAUUUUGUACAAAAGAGGAUUUUAUAAAAUCUCCUCUGGAUGUCUCAUCCUAAAAAAAAAAAAAAAUGCAAUAACCCUUUUCCUGUAAGCAUUAUUACAAUGUCAUUGUGUUCCAGAGGGCUGUAACAAAGAUGAAGACUAGGCAGUGAAAACAAUGUAGAAUGUCUAAUGGUAAAUACUUUGGAUGCACUAUUUACAUUCAGUACCUACACAAAGAGAACACUUACAAGACUACAGCUAUUAAAAUGAUCUGAAAGUUCUGGUCUAUUGUAAUUGGAGAUGGAUGUUCUUAGAAAAGACACAAUCUAAGAAUUACUUGACUGAAUCAAAUCACUCAUGGAUAUGUUAUAUAUCCUUUUUCGAGAUGAAAAAAUAAUAGUUGGAAAUUUCCUUAUGUAAUUAAUAAUAAUUUCAUCUUGUAAUGUGUUCCACUUAGAGUGGAUGCUGAGAGAAAAGGAGACUUUCUCCAUCUCACUAGCUUUUUAUACUGAAUUUGGCAGUAAUAGGUUGUGCUAGGGGGUCUUAACGUGCUGAGCAUGUAGACUUAAAUAGGUAUAUGCACACUGGUUACUUCUUUCAAUCUUAAACUCAGUAGAACAGAGGUAAAGGGCUAAUUAUAGCUAAAAAUAUAUUUAUUAGUCUAUUUAUAAGAUUUUAUUGAAUUCUUCCUUACUCUUGCUCCCAUGCUGUCCUACUACUUUAUGUACAAGUUGGAACCAUUUCUUAAGAUCUUCUAUGAAGUUUUUUUUGUCUAUAGAUGCUAGAAUUCAUUUCUUGGCGGUUCCAUAUUAGGAGUUUUGACUGGGUUUAUCAUUAGCUUUUAUUCUUUUCUUUUGGAUUAGCAGUAUUGUGCCUUAUAGUAAAACAUCUAUUAAACCUGAAGCAUCUGAGCGUAAAUAUAAACCCUGGCAUCUUCCAUUAUGACCUCUUAUUCAAAUAUUUAUAUACUGUAAGUGGUAUAAGGAAUUGCUAAACUGUUUUGUAAAGAGAUAUGUAUAUUUAAAACACUACUUACCAAGAAUGUUAAAUGAAUUGUUUAGGAUUUUAGUAUUGUCAUGUUUUAAAUGUGCUACAUUCCUCUUUUUUUUGUUUUUUGUAAAGCUGUUAAUUGUUUAGUUGUACAAGUUGUUUAAAAUGGUGUCUCUUACUAGAUGCUUGUUUUAGAGGGCAUUUUGUUUCUUAGAUGUAUAUUUGGAAUGUUUUUUAAAAAUAUGCAAUUCUUUUUCUAACUUAUAUUCAGCUUCUAUAGAAGCAAUAAUUUUUUUUUUUUUUAGAGUGAAUGUUCCAGAAAUGAUAGAGGUUUCAGCUGGGGAAAAAGAAUUUGAAUUUGUAUUUUGCAGGGCAGAUGUUUCAUCUUAAAUUUUCUUCAGAAUAUUCUUAUUAAUGCCUACUUAAAAAUCUGCCUCUUCCCAGUAGGAGUUUUAUUUUUGGUUUACUGGAAAAUUGUCAGGUUGUAGUUUUCUGAUGUCACCAGCAGGUGCAAGUUUUUGUGAUGCCUUUAUCUUAUGAGAAGCACAUGAGAACGGAAUGUGACUGAUCAACCAUCUCCAAAACUGGAAAAAAAAAUCGCAACUAAACCAAUGUAUAGGGACCUAUAUGUCUCCAAAAGAAGCUUAUCAAUAUUUCCAGAAACUGCCUUUUUAACUUGUUCUUCAGUACAAAAAUUAAGUCUUCUCCCUCUUCUUUAACACAAAACUGAACAUUGAUAUAGUAUAUUUUGAGAGGUUUCAAACUCUAGCUCAAUGAGGAAUCAAAAGGAGUUAUCAAGAAGAGCUCUGUCAGUCUAUGGAUCAUGACUUGCUGAUACCUGCACCACAGUAUUCAUGCUGGAGGGGAGAAAUGUGGUGCUAUGUGAAGAUUUGGGAAUUGGAAUUGCAGAUUAAACAUGCACAAACCAAGCUGAAGGCUUUUGUUCUUGUUCAGUAUAGGUCCUGAUCUCUCUCCUCAGAUAUCCUGCUGUAUUGCAAAACGUGAGAAAGUUUAAAAAGUAGAAUGUCUUUAUAACUGCAUGUGUUUGUGUGAGGAAUGCAUUGCCUGGAAACUGUCCAUUUAUGCUUCCACUGGAUCUGAAGCUAGUUUUCACCAUCUGAAACGUGGUAAUGAUACUGCAUUUUUAAAUGAGCAUAUCCUUCUUAAGUAAGUCAGAAAAGAAAAAUAAUUUAAGCUUCCAUCAUUUCAUUAGUCUGAAGCUUAAGUCCAAAACUUGGAAUUCAGUUACUUCUACUCCAACUAUGUCUGCACAUAACCAUCUGAACUUGAUAGUUUUUCUGUCAACUACUGCUCACAAUCAACUGUCUUACAGUAACCUUGCAUUAACUCAGUUGCAUUGAUUAAGCACUGAACUUUCCAUUGUGUAUGUACAACUGUAAGACUGUCUAGUUAUGCAUUGUUGAUGUAACUUAAAAGUUAAUGUCUGAAAGCUCAAAUUCUGUAAUAAAUU